AUGGCUGCUUUCAAAGCCGCCAUCAAAAAAGGCAGCGCAACACCAGAGGAGGCGUAUGCCAUCUUCGACGCUCUCGAAACCGUACCGAUCGACUUCAUGCUCGGCACCUGGAAAGGCUCCGAAUUCUACACGGGUCACCUCAUGGACGGCAAGUUGGAAAGUUCCAGCUGGUAUGGCAAGAGGUUCAACGGGGUUGAUCAAGUCGACCCACUUAUGUUCAACGCAAAUGAUGGAGGCAUAUUCGCGUGUGAUCCAGUCGCCGCUUUCAUGAACGCAGAGGCUAGAAUUCCUGAUAUUCAAGAAAAGGUAGAAACACACCAGCCAGCUGCCCGCUUGCGGACAGUGGUUACUCGUGGCGAGCCGACUGCUGCGAUGAUAUAUAAUCAACUCCCUAUCAUCGACUUCUUUCGCAAAGUGGACGAUAACACUGUCCUCGGCUUGAUGGACAAUCCAACGAUUCCAGGACACAACUUCUUUUUUGUACUUCGCCGCGCUGAGAGUGGGUGA